UACAUGCGAACAAAGUCAUACACCGAGACAUCAAACCACAGAACCUACUGCUCGACUCAAACUAUGAUCUUCAUAUCGCGGACUUUGGAGUGUCGCACUCGUGCACCAGUACUAGUGAUCUGCUCAACAAAUCGGCCGGAAGCCCGGCGUUCUUGGCACCGGAAUGCUUACAUGAGGACGUCAACACAUACUCGGGUAGACCGAUUGAUAUCUGGGCUAUGGGCGUGACGCUGUACUGUUUCAUGUUUGGCAAAGUACCCUUUACCGGCGCCAACAUACUGGAUCUUCACGAUAACAUACAGCAGGCAGAACCUGACUAUGGACAACUAGACAGUAAUCUGGUAGAUUUACUCAAAGGCAUGCUGCGAAAAAGCCCGGCGGAGCGACUCACUAUGCGGGAGGUCAGGAACCACCCGUGGAUUACAACACAGGGCACUGAGCCUAUACAGAUCACCGAAGAAGCCAAUACCAUUCCCGUCGACGUCAACGAAGCGGAGAUAGACGAUGCCCUGAACACAGUCAACUGCCACGACCUCCCAUCGCCUAAUGGAAGGUGUCGACAGAUGAGUGUGCUGUUGAAGUAGCCGCUGGUUUUGUGUUGUUUUAUCUAUAUU